CAAUGAACUCGACCCGUUGAACCGCGUUGAACAACUGCAGACGUCAGCGCGCGCUUGGGACUUUCAAUUCAAAGUUAGUUUCACUUAUUUUUGUUUUGUGUUUCUGUUCGUCAACUUGAAAAGAGAUUGUGUGGAUAUGCGUUCACGCAACUUGGAUACUUCCUAUAUUUACGAUUUACUGAACGGCAUAAUUCAAUAUGGAUGCGGCACCAGGCUAUUCUCGAUGGUCGACUGCAACAGAUGAAACUCCAAAUGAUGUCCAAUCUGGUAACAGUAAUCCUGACAAAAGUGACCUCCAAGACCUCGUAGCAAGUAUUUUGGGAGAAACAUCGGAAAGUCCCACAAAAACAAGAAAUGAUUCUUCACAACAAUUUUGUUGGAGAAAUCCAGUCACAAAGUCACAGAAGCCUCCUCCAGCCCACAGUUAUUCUGCAAAUAGAAACAUAAAUCAAGAGAAGCUUACAACUUUGAAGUCACCUAAGCCAACCUCGCAAGACGCUUUUGCGUGUGGAGAUGGUUACUUAGGUCAACUGCGAAGAAAUGCUUCAGAUUUGACUUCGUAUAGUAACAUAGGCGCAAACACGAACGACCUAUUGCUAUCACCAACCAAGUCUAUGAAUUAUUCUUCACCGACAAAAUGUUCGUCAAGUUCUCAAUACCAAAACGCAAACAUGAAGUCACCGAUGGCGAGAAAUGGAAGUUUACCGUCAGACAUGGCUGCCUUAGGGUUUCAAAACGGAUCCGCUGAGGGUUUCAAUCGUUUGGGUACAAGUACUUUGUUGCCGAAUUUCCCAGAUGCGUCAAUAUUAGACCUCCAUACAAAAGAAUACCCAGGUUUUGAAAGACCAAUGACGAACGUUGAUACAACAUCGGGUUUGAGUGCAGAUAUUCCACAACCGAGCAACAACAGCAGCCCUCUUGAUGGCGAGACGUUUCGCAAACUGAUAGCGUUGGCUGCAGAUGGAUUGGACGACUACAUGGCACAAGCACAAUUAAGACAGCAAAUGACUGGAAACGGCAUGUCGCUUCAACAAAACUGUAUGUUCGCGGAGGAGUUUCUAAAAUACAGGCAGAGUCUUGACCAAGCCAAUCAGAGCGCACUCGGAAACUUUUCGCAAAAGAACGGCUGGAACGGCGGAGGAAAUUCUGAAGCAGAUCCUUCGUCAAUAUUUGGAAUGUAUCAGACUAACAUGACGUCACCAAUGGUUUAUCAUUCCACACCCGAGACACACCCACACCAGCUAACCAAUGAACAAGCCGCUGUUAUGAUGUCUGCCAUCCAGAAUAACAUGACCACCACACAAGAACAGAUGAUUCAAGCGAAGUUUCGUGAACUUGGUAUCGGCAAUGGAACGCCUCCACCGUUAUUGUCGCAAAUGCAAUGGAGUAAUAAUAACAACGCCGAACUACUUCACCUGAGAAGUUUGGAUCCGUCUAAGCAACUCACGACGCCAAAGAAAAUGAUUCAUCCAGAUUUCCCGAUGCAUCCAUCGUUAUACCCAACUUCUCCCGCUGUUAUGGCAACAGCCAAUCAAGGUAUGAGGAGUGGAAGCAAGCACGCGUUUCAACCAAUCCAAUCACAGUUAGACGCAAAGCUUUCUUUACACCAUCUGCCUUCACCAUGGAGUAAACCUAGUACUCCAGGAAGCGACGCUGGUUUUGCGAGCAAUCCUUCAACCAAUAAAAACAGUUUUGCGGAAUCAAACUACCAGCAAUCUCCAAGUACAGUACUGCCAAGUUUGACUCAAGAUUCUCUCUUGUCAGCGUCGGAUCUUUUUUCACCACCGUCGUCUCUCAGCGAAGUUGAAUUAUCAGCUCAGAAAGUAUCAUUUCAACCAAUAUUAUCUAACGGUUGUACGGAAAACGGUUCAAUUAUUUCUGCGACUGAGGUUGAAAUAGCAGCAGAACAACGAGAAAGUCCGUCGAAUAAAAUGAUGACGCAGGACACAUCCAACAUACAAGCCACAAAAUCAUCAUUACCGAAUCCCACAUUACCGCCAUCUCCAGCGUUCAGCGCUAACUUUGUCCCUGUUAGCCCUGCCAACAGUCUCCCGAUGCCGUUUUCACCUUACCAGAGACUCUCACUCACUCCAAGUAUGGCCCUCACAAGACCAGUCAUGUGUUCUCCCAACUCGGCCUUGUCUUACUCACCAAUGGCAGCUAAUUUUCUUCCUGUCUUCACUGAUAAAGGCUGGACGAUGUUACCGGUCGAUAAAAUGGGAAAUCCGAUUCCUAUACCAGGUAUUUCUCCGAGUACAAUGCGGUUUCCACCUCAGCGUCAGGCAGCUUUAUUACAAAUGCAGAGAACAGUGCCAAAGUAUAAGUUAUAUAUUUGCAUGGAAGAGUGUUAUGAACAGUACAGAUGCCUUGAAAGAGAAAGAAAGAUGGCGGAAUCAGAGUUGGCGCGUAACUUUCCUGGUCGACGAGUAACGAGUGCAAACAACACACCCGUGCCACGCCUCCCUCCUAACCCAUCGAAAGCUGACAGAUUGAUCGUGGACCAACUCAGAGAACAUUCAAGGAUUAUGGCACUGAUCGAUCGCAUGGAGCAUUUGCUUGAAGGUCCACUACAUCCUAAUAUCUCAAACUGUCUCGAACGUCAUUACACUUCAUUGAAAGACGUUGAAGCCAAACGAAGAGAAGAAGUCAAUUCCAAACAUAGCACUCCCGGAUCACCAGUUCUCCCUCAGGACGGAGAAAAUGAUGAAAUGACAAAAGUUUUAGCCGACAGUCUCGAAACCUUAUCUUUCACAACACGGAAAUCGAGAACCGCUGUAUGGUGUGCAUUGCAAAUUACCGUAGCGUCGGGGAAAUCGAAAGACGUGGACGAAGAGGUUGCCAUAACGAUGAAAUCUUUAAACGUCGAUGAGGAAAAGACGUCCGCUGAGGAAGCCAAUCAGAUUUGCCAAUCCAAGAAUCAAACCCCAAAUGGCGUAGUGAAAAUAAGUGAUCUAUAUAAAAUGUUAUCAAAUAAAUCAGACAGUAUGGUAAAUUGAAUUACUUAAAAUUAGUGAUUCUUUUACCUAAUGUAGGAUACUCAUAUAUAUUCUGUUUACAUACCCUUUUCUAUUCAUGAAUUAACGAUCAAAUUUUCUGAAUUAGCAAUCAUUUAUUCGAGAUACAUGGUAAUUAGCUUAAAUGAUACUCCUAAAGUAUGCGCACCAAGAUGGCGGAGACCGGAACGUAGUAUGUCUACCAAGUUAAGGUUAGGCCACAAUUUUAGGUACAAAUACUACGGGAGUCACUUGGCUAGUACCCGGGCUUGUAAUAGAACUGAAAUAAGGAGAAUAAGAAUAAUCCGUUUCGGUUUCCGCCGUCUUGGUACGCAUACUUCAAGAGCACCAAUUAAUUAACCCCACUAUUCAUUUGCUUAAAUGACCGUUCUUGAGUUGCCACGGAAGUUUGCUUAUUUGACGUGAUUCUACAUCUUGCUUUGAUUAGGACUGUUGGCAAUUGACCACUAAUUCAUAAGAAGCUACUUACUAUCUAAUUAAAGGCAUCCGUAUCUAUCUUAUUCGCCUUACCUAAUUUUAUUCUGGGCAAGACGCCGAUUUUAUGUGGAAAUUAUUCUAACGCCAUCUAGCCCGUAAAUUUCAUUUUAAUUUGACAAUCUAGUUACUCUCUAUACUACGUUGUGUUUUAUUUUAGUUUUUGUUCCAAUUUAUUCACUUUUCUGUUCCGUUUGGCCGUUAUUUUAUGUUCAUUUUUGUUUAAGAUACAGAAUA